GUGAUGGAAAACAUAUGAGCAGUAACAAGUUUUAAUCUCGCUCUUCAGUACUAACAUGGACUAAUCUGUGGAAGCAGUUUAGUCCAGUAUGACCCAGGGUACAGCCACACGAGAGGCUGUUGGUCUGCCUGUGUUUUUUCUUUUCAGUGUAACACUUUUUCAUCUUUUCUUCUUAAAGGGUCUGAGAACAUUUACAUUGUAGAUCAGUAGUACAGGGUGGAUAAAUUCUACUUCCAAGAAAACUACUCUCUUCUGACAAGGGCAGACUUUGACUCAAGACAACAUGAAGGAGUCUAUGCUGUUACUGCUUCUGGCUGUGUGCUCUGCCAAUCCCUUCUUCAGCCCUUCACACACAGCACUGAAGAACAUGAUGCUGAAGGACAUGGAGGACACAAAUGAUGAUGAUAAUUCUCUUUUUCCAACAAAAGAGCCAAUGAACCCUUUUUUCCCUUUUGAUUUGUUUCCGAUGUGUCCAUUUGGAUGCCAGUGCUACUCUAGAGUUGUCCACUGUUCUGAUCUAGGUUUGACUUCGGUCCCAAGCAACAUUCCAUUUGAUACCCGAAUGGUUGACCUUCAAAAUAAUAAAAUUAAGGAAAUUAAAGAAAAUGAUUUUAGAGGACUCACUUCACUUUAUGCUCUGAUUCUGAACAACAACAAGCUAACAAAGAUUCAUCCAAAAACCUUUCUAACCACAAAGAAGUUACGAAGGCUGUAUUUAUCCCACAAUCAACUAACUGAAAUCCCACUUAACCUUCCCAAAUCAUUAGCAGAACUCAGAAUUCAUGAUAAUAAAGUUAAGAAAAUACAAAAGGAUACAUUCAAAGGAAUGAACGCUUUACAUGUUUUAGAAAUGAGCGCAAACCCUCUUGAUAACAACGGGAUAGACCCAGGGGCAUUUGAAGGGGUAACAGUAUUUCAUAUCAGGAUAGCUGAAGCAAAACUAACCUCAAUCCCUAAAGGCCUGCCAUCAACUUUACUGGAGCUUCAUUUAGACUUUAAUAAAAUUUCAACAGUGGAACUCGAGGAUUUUAAACGAUACAAAGAACUGCAAAGGCUGGGCCUUGGAAACAACAGAAUCACAGAUAUUGAAAAUGGAAGUUUUGCUAAUAUACCACGCGUGAGAGAGAUACACUUGGAACACAAUAAACUGAAAAAAAUUCCUUCAGGAUUACAGGAGUUGAAAUAUCUCCAGAUAAUCUUCCUUCAUUAUAAUUCAAUUACAAAAGUGGGGGUGAAUGACUUCUGUCCAACAGUGCCAAAGAUGAAGAAAUCUUUAUACAGUGCAAUAAGCUUAUUCAACAACCCAGUAAAGUAUUGGGAAAUACAACCUGCAACUUUUCGGUGUGUGCUGAGCAGAAUGAGUGUGCAGCUUGGGAACGUUGGAAAUUAAUAAUUAAUAAUGUCCAUUGAAUACCAAAUUCAAAAAUUCAUACAUUUGGAAUACUUGAACUGUACUAAUAAUGGUAAUAUAGUAAACAUAAGCAAAGAUCUAUCCCAUUCGGUAAAUGACAAAAAAUUUCAACAGAAUUUUGCCAAAUUAUUGAUAAACUGAGAUUCGCAGAAUAAACAUCUCACUGCACACAAAUGAAUGUGCAUAAAUCUCUUGCUUGAACAUUCUUUCUGAGUAAUAAAGACAUUCAGCAUUUAACCCUUUGUCUAGUGCAUCUUAAACAGAACUGUACUGUAAAUGGAAUGCUUGACUUAGUAAAAUUUGUGCCCUUUCAUCAAGAAAAGUAAUAUGAAAAGCACAUUGUAUUCUUAGUAUUUCUUUAAUAACUUGGGUAGUACUGUAAUAUUUCUUAUCAUGUUGAAAUAUGGUUUGACAUAGUCAUAUUAAAAUUCUCUAAAAUUGCCGGGCAUGGUGGUGCACACCUUUAAUCCCAGCACUUGGGAGGCAGAGGCAGGUGGAUCUCUGUGAGUUCAAGGCCAGCCUGGUCUACAUAGUGAGUUCCAGGACAGCUGGGGCUACAGGGAGACCCCGUCUCAAAAAGACAAAAAAAAAAAAUCUCUAAAAUUAGCUUCUUGUAAUAAAACUUCAAAUAUGUGUUAUCAACUCAAAAGAGUUGGUUAUAGAGCUAUAGCACAUUAUUUUCUUUUUUAAUUAUCUGAUUAUAAAA